UUUUUCUUUCUUUGAUCUUCUGGAAAUUUCAUUUCUUCUUUUUCCUCUUCUUCAGAUGUCACUCACAAUGGAUUUUUCUGAAGAAAUUUCACUAUUUUCAGUAACCGGGAGGAAUAAUAAGUUGCAUCAAAAACCUUCUUCACUAGAACUCAAAUUUCGAUCAGAUUUACAAUCUCUUCCAAAAAUCACUUCCUGUUCGAAAUUAUGUUACUGAAUUUACAAAAUGUUCUACAAAUUUUGUCUCAAUUUCGCCUAAUUUCAUCAGCAAAGAGUGGUUAUGCUUAUCAGUAAAUGACAUACAGAGUAAAGAAGACGAUGGAGGCGGCGGAGUUGGUGUCGAUGCUACUGGUGAAAAUCAUCGGUCAGAAAUGGAUUCUCAGGUUAGGGUUUCUUCAAACUCUGAAGCCCCUCUUUCGGGAAUCGUUUCCAGAUUACAUGAUACAAUUCAAGAACCAAACAUAAGUCCAAUAAAAGAAAAAGAAGCAAUUUGUGUCAAAAGAACACACUCGUAUUCAGCUGAUACUGAAUUUGGUUCUGAUGUUGCUGGAAAUGAAAAUGCGCAUGAUGAAUUGGGUGAAAGUUUGUGUUGGAAGAAGAGAAAGAGAGAAAUCCACGACGAACUUAAAUGUCACUUUGAAGAAUUGGUGAAUAGAAUGAUGAAGAAGCAAGAGGAUAUGUAUAAGGUAUUACUCGAGAAGCAAGAUGAUAUGUAUAAGGUAUUACUCUGGAAGAUAGAGCCGAAGGAGAAAGAUAGGAUUACCAGAGAACAAAUUUGGAGGAAUCUUGAUGAAAGGGGAAGGAUGAGAAAAGAGACAGAGCAGAUGAAGAAAGAUAGGAUUACAAGAGAAGAAACUUGGUGGAACGUUGAAACCGAAACGAUGAGGAAAGAGGAGAGGAGGGCUCAAGUCGACACUCAUCUAAGUUUAGCUCUUAGGCGGCAGGUAGUUAGUACUCCAAAAUCCACAGGGAAACAGAUAAUCAGUAUUCCGCAGUCUCCGAAAAUAAUUUUGCAGGAUCAGAGUGGUAAGAAAAAACAAGGGCUUAAGAAAUGGCUUAAACAUGAAGUACAGGCCUUAAUCUCCCUUCGGAUGGAAAUGCAGCAUAAAAUGCUAAGUCGUUCUGCAAAAUUUGGAAUGUGGGAAGAGAUAUCUCUGGGAAUGGCUUCAAUGGGAUUUACUAGGACUGCUAUGAAGUGUAAAGGGAAAUGGGAUACUAUCAACAGGUCCUUCAAGACAGCAGCCGGAAUUGGCCAAAAGGGAGCAGAAAAUGCAGCAACGUCAUGCCCAUAUUUUCUAGAAAUGGAUAUGUUUUACAAACAAUGUCUCGUUGAGGCUGAAAUUGAAACUAGUUAAAAAAAAUUAUCAACUACUGAGCAUCAAUUUAUGUUUUAAUGAUGGGAGGACUUUCAUCUAUUUACCAAGCGGGUCAACAUCCUUUAGAGAUAUCACCUAUUUGCUUCAGUCUCUUUCAGGAUGCUUCAGAGUUCAGUCUCUCAUUGGUCCAGAGGGUAGCUGAUCUUCUAUUCAAGAAGGAUAUAUCAGCUGAUGUAAAUCAAGUUUAGUUCACCAACCUCCUUUUUGAAUACUCUUUUGUACCAUGACGGUAAUUUUGUUAACAUCUUUCUGCUUCAAUCUCUUUCAGGAUGCUUCAGUCUCUUCACUACCGAAAGGGUAAUUUUGUAGCCGAUCUUCUGUGAGGGAAGGCCAUAUCAGCUGACAGCUGAUGUAAAACCAAGCUUUGAUUCACCAACCUCCUCAUUUUUUGAAUAGUCUUUUGUACGAGGAGGCAAAGGGGAGGGCUUUCCCCGUGCUGUAAAGCCCACCAAGGUUCUAAUAUAAAGCAUAUUUACCAAAC